AUGUAUCCGUCGUCCACACUCUUCGAUGAGGAUCCGGGCAUUAUGUCUGAGAUCGAGACCUCCGCCACCGGAUUCAGACGCGGCAAUAAAGCGCGCUCUUCGUUGCCGAUCGUGAGGACGCCCUCCAAGACUCAGGACCGCUCACUCGGACUCGUGUUCCUGCAGUUCCGCUCCGAGACCAAGAGAGCGCUUCUGCCCAAUGAGAUCACGUCAUUAGAUACCGUCAAAGCACUCUUCGUCAGAUCGUUUCCACGGCAGCUAUCGAUGGAGUACUUGGACUGUCCGUCGAUACGGAUCUACAUUCACGACGGAUCCAAAGACAUGUUCUACGAGUUGGAGGACUUCCGCGAUAUCCGCGACCGGUGUGUACUGCGGAUCUACGAGCACGGCGUGAAAGGCCCGCAGCCGGUCGGCGGUCACGCAAAUAUGCCCGUUAUGUCCGACAGCGAACAGUUUGGCUACUUUUCCGAACCCGAGUUCGAGUCGGAAUACCAGUCCCAACACAUUCAUCGCGGCAAAAGGGGUCCCGUCGUGGCCGACAAACCCCUGCCCACCACUGGCGGACAGUCUCAGUAUUACGGCACCAUUAUAUUGCCCGCUCAGUAUCGACAGCAGGUGAUGGUCGGUCGGCAGCCGUCAUAUGGCGGCGCCGCACAGCCGGCACCUCAACCGCCCGAACGGAAACCAUUUCCGGGCUAUUCGCAAACCCUUCCCCGAAACGCCCACAUUAUGUCACUUUACGGCAAUGUAAACGAUGCCAACAAUACUAACAAUAUUAACCAAAACCAAUCGCCG